AUGGACGCCAUUUUUGCAUCAGCCGUGUUUGUGACGCUUGCGGUGAUUUGUCAAGUCAGUCAUGGGCUGAUGCCUGGGGCAGCAGCCAGAGGGGUUUACACCAGGCUGUCCAAAGAAGACGUUUUGGCGAGGAAGAGUCUGGAUGUGGAUGAGUACCCUGAAGGAUACUAUGCCUUCAAUGUGGCACCGAAUAAAAUGCCGCCCAAGGUCAGGAAGCCGCCAUAUUCGAAAUCUGGAAGACCAUGUCCAGGAGUUUUUGGAGUGCCCAACCCUCAGGGAUUAGACAACUUGUGUGGGAAUCUCAACACUGGAUUCUUACCUCCUAAUCCCAUGGGGCAAACAUUUGAGGGUGACUUGCCUUACCCUUUUGACCUGAUCAGAAACAAAACCUUGGACUUCUUCAGCAAGGCUCUGCCCAUUUUGAAGGAAGAUGAGACACUGCCCAAAGUGGACAUUUAUGGCCAGUUUUCCAAGAAUCCAAACCUCCAGUACCAUCUGAGGAAGAAGAGGUCAACUGAUAAGGAAGUCACUGAUGCUGAAUCAAAACCUACUGAAAAUGACAGUGGAUCCCGGAGUUCCAGGGCUCUUUGUGACUCUGAUGACAACAACUUGAGGAAGAAGAGGUCAACUGAUGAGGAAGUCACUGAUGCUGAAUCAAAACCUACUGAAAAUGACAGUGGAUCCCGGAGUUCCAGGGCUCUUUGUGACUCUGAUGACAACAACUUCCUGUGCAAAAUGUACAAGACAGUGACUGGCAGCAGUAACAGCAAAAAAGGAGGGAACAACAAGCAAAGAAGCAGGAAUGGAGAGAACAUGAGGGAGAGAAUGGAUGAUGGAGACUUUCCUCCAACCAGGGGUAGAGGGCAGCAGCAGCAGCAACAAGAAUCAGGAGGAGAUGGCCCAUCAACACCCUGUCCAACAACUGUGGAGUAUGUGACCCCAAUUUUUGCCAGGAAUUACCAAGGGGUAUGGAGAUACAUUGUUCAGAUCCCAUAUGAAGGCUACUUCACACAAACUGUGGAGGUCACCAAGUGCAUGAACCGGAAGUGCAAUAUGUUGGAAGGCUCUUGCUUGGCAGCACCCCGCUGGGUCAGUCUCCUGGUUUCAGAGAUGUUCUACCCAGAAACCACUGCUUCUGGGAAUCAACAGCCUCAACCACAACAACAACAACAGCUUCAGGCAUCAGCAUCCACCCCUCAGGGCCUCUUGCAGCAACAACAACAGCAACAAAUACAACAACAACCAGCUUAUGCACCAUACAAACCCCAGGGCAUCAGAGAAGGGCGGAGUGAGUCCUCACUAGCGACACCUAGUGACAGUUCAAUGCGUGUGAAACGGGAUGCAAAUGGCGGCGUGUAUUGUGAUGGAUAUGAUGACAAGGGCUGCUUUCAAGUUAGAAUGUACUAUGACUGGUUCCUUGUCUCUGGCUCUUGCAAAUGCUGGAAACAGAGCUUUAAUGACUACAUCAACAAAAAAUAA